AUGGAUAAAUACAAAACAAAGGUACUGAAAAUUGACCCAUCUACAAUAAAGUUUGACAAUGAGUCAAAUGAAAUGGAGAUUUCAGACCGUCAUACAAAGGAUGUAUUGGAGGAAGCUGCUAAGCUAUUGCAGGAGUCACAGGUAGUUGGGUUUCCAACAGAAACAGUGUAUGGUUUAGGUGCCUCAUCAUUAUCUUCCGACGCAGUUAAAAGAAUAUACGAAGCCAAGAAUAGGCCGGCUGAUAACCCCUUGAUCUCACAUAUCUCGUCCUUAGAAAUGAUUAAAGAUGUCUUUCAUACAGAGCUACCGGAGAUCUACAAACCGCUUGUAGCCAAAUUUUGGCCUGGCCCAUUGAGUAUUGUGCUACCUAAUACGCCGGAGUGUCUUGUUUCCCCGGUCGUAACGGCUGGUCAGGACACUUUUGCAGUGAGAUUCCCUGAAAACAAAGUGGCACGUGCACUUAUUCAAUUUUCAAAUAUACCUUUGGCGGCACCUUCUGCUAAUGCAUCUACAAAGCCAUCGCCAACCACAGCUGAACAUGUGCUAGCAGAUUUAGAUGGAAAAAUUCCCCUGGUCAUAGAUGGUGGACAAUGCACUGUUGGGUUGGAGAGUACUGUCGUUGACGGAACGGUGGACCCUCCUAUGUUACUAAGACCUGGUGGAGUUAGUCUUGAGGAAAUUGCAAGCGUUGGUAAUGGAUGGGAGAAAAUAGUUUUGGGUAAGAAAACGGCUGGUCAAUACGAGAAGGUGCGUACGCCUGGAAUGAAAUAUAAGCAUUAUUCUCCAACUGCUAAAGUUGUGUUGUUUGAAGGGUAUAAAAAUGCUUUGGAGGCGAUAAGUGAGUACAGAAAGGGACAUGAUGUGGAGGGGAAGAAAAUUGCAGUUUUAAGGUCAAAGUAUUGGAGUGAAUGUGGGAAAGAUAUUUCCUUGAUAAUUGAUUUGGGGAAGACCGGUGAGGAAAUACAGCGUAAUCUGUUUGCAGCUUUGAGAACUUCCGACAAAGAAGAGGUCGAAAUCAUUUAUGUUGAGGGAGUGGAAGAGGAAGAGCAUGGAUUAGCAAUUAUGAAUAGGUUAUCCAAGGCGGCUUCUGAAAUAUACACUAAAUAA